AUGCUUGGACUAGCUGAAGGGUUUGUAGAUGGGUUGGCAGAUGGUGAUGUCGAGGGAGAUGCACUUGGGCUUGCUUUGCUUGGACUAGCUGAAGGGUUUGAGGAUGGAACGUCAGAUGGUGAAGUUGACGGAGAUGCGCUUGGGCUUGCUUUGCUCGGGCUGGCCGAAGGGUUUGAGGAUGGAACGUCAGAUGGUGAAGUUGAGGGCGAUCCACUUGGGCUUGCUUUGCUUGGUCUGGCAGAGGGACUUGCAGAUGGAAUGUCAGAUGGCGAUGUUGAUGGGGACAUGCUGGGGCUUGCUUUGCUCGGGCUGGCAGAUGGAUUUCUAGAUGGACUGGCGGAUGGUGAACUCGAGGGAGACGUGCUGGGGCUUGCAUUGCUUGGACUUCCAGAAGGAUUUGAGGAUGGAAUGUCAGAUGGCGAUGUUGAUGGAGACGUGCUCGGGCUUGCAUUGCUUGGACUUCCAGAGGGGUUUGAGAUGGAUGUCAGAUGGUGA